AUGGUUGACCUGCAAAAUGCUCCGUGGGCUUUUAACCAAAUGCAGGGAACCAAAAUAGUAGAUGCAUCUCAUGAUCAGGACACCACGGAUUUACACAAGUGUGUUGUGUACAUCAGUGAUUUUUUCGACCUGCAAAUUUCAAAUUUAUGCAUUGUUGUUGUUGGGGCCCUCGGUGGGCAUGAGAUUGGAAACAUCAAUGUAUUAUAUCGCUUCUCAACCAUACGAAUAAUUCUUCUGAAUGAUGACUGCCUUAUCCAACUUCUUCCCAGAAGUCAUCAUCAUGAGAUCCACGUCAAGCCCUCUAUUCUGGGCCCACAUUGUGGACUAGUGCCUGUGGGUAUGCCAUCAACAAACAGAACAACAACAGGAGGCCUUCAGUGGGAUCUAAACAAUACGAAGAUGGAAUUUGGUGGCUUGAUCAGUACAUCAAAUAUUGCAAAAGGACAGAUUGUGACUGUGCACUCUGAUACCGAUCUCAUUUGGACAAUAUCCAUCAGAAAGACAUAA